AUGAUUGCGCCAGUGGGAAAGCUCACCUUUCUGAAGUGCCCAACCUUCUUGGGCUUUGGUGACUACCUCAAGCACACCGUUCAGCUGUACCGCAGCGCAGAUGACACAUGCACACCCACAGAAGGCCGCCUGCUUGUGCCUCAGAUCGACCGCAUUGUGAACCUGAGCCCCAGCUCCGGCAGGCAUGCAACCAUCAUGAUAGGCACCCCUGAAGUGGUGGAGAUCAGGCACAUCAUUUUUACAAACAUGCAGAUGGGAGUCUUUGUGUUUGUGCUGUACUACAUGUGGGGGCGGCUGCCUUGGUGGCAGGCUAUUGCUGUGGCACUGGUCGCAACUCAGUCCUUCGUCGUCAUUCCCUUCUCUGUUGCCAUCUUCAAGGGUGUAAUGGGCUGGGUCUGA